AUGCUCUCUGUUCAGACACCCGUUGCGCCUGCUGUUCUCAAGCACGACAUCGCCGCGCCCUCCACCACCACCGCCUCUGCGCCCAAGACCGACGCUCAGCUCGAUGCUUGGCACCGUGACCUGCUUCGCGAUGGCUACUGCGUUGUCAAAGGAGCGGUGCCCAAGGAAAGGGCACUGCAAUACGCCGACCGGAUGCACGGAUGGCUCGAAGGCUUCCAGCUUGGCUACGACCGCAACGACCUGUCCACCGUGCACAAGGACAAGCUGCCAGCCAUCACGGAGAAGGGCAUGUGCCUCAACUACGCCGUGACGCACGAGGACUGGGCGUGGAAGAUCCGCGCCGAGCCCGGUGUGGUGGGGGCGUUUGAAAAGUUCCUGGGCACCGACGACCUGAUUGUCUCGUUUGACGCCGUCAACUUUGGCUUCCCCAACCGCAAGGAUCUGCCGCCCAACAAGCCGUGGCCGCACCAGGACCAGGACCCGCUCAAGCCGGGCUUCCGCUGCCUGCAGGGCCUGGUGAAUCUGCUUCCCAACGGACCCGACGAUGGCGGACUGAUCGUCUGCAAGGGCUCGCAUGCGCUCUCGACGCAGUUCCACGAGGAGAUGGCGUACGAAGAAAAGAUCCCAGCAUGGACCAACGAGUGGUACGGCUUUACGGACGCCGGCAUGAAGUGGCUCGCCGACCACGGGUGCGAGUGGAUCAAGGUGUGCGCCGAACCGGGCGAUCUGCUGCUCUGGGACAGCCGCACGGCGCACUACAACCUGUCGAGCAAGACCGACCAGCCUCGCUUCUGCGUCUACACGUGCUUCAUGCCCGUGGCCGAUGCGUCGCAGGAGGAUCUCAAGCGCAAGAAGGAUGCCUUCGAGCGCCGCGUAGGCACCACGCACUGGCCCAACGCUCGCCACACCGGCUCCAACGUGGCCAAGCGUGAUGGCGUCGACGACCCUCACAACCGCGACCGACCCGUGGAGGAGCCGCAGCUGAGCGAGCGCGCCUUCCGCCUCACUGGCAUCCCCUACAUCAAGGCCGAGUGA